AAAAAUCAGUUCUCUCAUUUUAUCAGAGUUUAACUUUUUUUUUCUUUCAGACAGGGUCUCAGUAUGUAUCUCUGUCUGGCCCGGAACUUGCCAUGUAGACCACACUGACCUCAAACUCACAGAGAUCUGCCUCCCAAGAACUGGAAGCAAAGGCAUACAGCGCCCGCCGUACCAGCAAGAAUUUCACUUCGAGUGUCUCAUGGAUAAGGCAGCUAGGAAUCCCUGUGGCUGAUUAAUUUCUGUUUCACUGAAUUAAGAUUAGACAGAGACGACAUGUCCGGAGAGACAGUCAGCAGAUCACAGUUCUCCUUGAAGACAUGUGCAAUUAGAGUGUUUGCCCUCCCUGUGUCUUGGUACUAUUCUCUCUCCCAGAUCAAGUUUCCCCCAGCAGCUAAGAAGUUGUUUAUGGUAACCGCAGUAAGUGCUGUGUCAGUGAUUUUUCUGGCUCACCACUUCAGAAGACGACGGGGAAAACAGAAAGGAAAGGUGCUGCCCUGGGAGCCGGAGCACCUGGUCCUUGAGCACACUAGGAGAGCAGCGUCAGACAAAGGUUCGAGCUGUUCCAGUAGCAGGCAGAACUUGACCUUGUCAUUAAGUUCCACCAAAGACAAAGGGUCUCAGUCUUGCAACUACCCGAAUGGAGGACUUCUCAGCAGAUACUCGGGUUCUGCCCAGAGCUUGGGCUCUGUCCAGAGUGUUAACUCCUGUCAUAGUUGUGCUUGUGGAAAUUCUAAUUCCUGGGACAAAGCAGAUGAUGAUGACGUCAGACUUGUUAACAUUCCUGUGACCACUCCUGAGAACUUGUACUUGAUGGGCAUGGAACUAUUUGAAGAGGCGUUACGUCGAUGGGAGCAAGCGCUGACUUUUCGAAGUAGGCAGGCGGAAGACGAAGCCUGCAGCUCUGUUAAACUGGGAGCCGGAGAUGCCAUUGCGGAAGAAAGUGUGGAUGACAUCAUUAGCACGGAGUUCAUCCACAAACUGGAAGCUCUGCUUCAGAGAGCAUACCGGCUCCAAGAGGAGUUUGAAGCUGCCCUCGGGGGGUCCGACCCGGAUUCCCUUGCGAAUGACACUGACAAAGACACAGAUCUGAGCGUGAGGGAGACUGUGGACGAGUUUGGCCUACCAGACACAGCGAACAUUGACUCGGCAGAUCUCUUUGCUUCAGCAACAGAGCUUGCAGAGCACAGAGAAGCACAGCAAGCCCUCAGCCUGGAGUCUUUUUGUCACUGCCCUUUUUACGAAGAAGCUAUGCAUCUGGUGGAAGAAGGGAAAAUUCACUCCAGAGUACUGAGAACCGAAAUGCUGGAGUGCCUGGGAGACAGUGAUUUUCUCGCCAAGCUUCACUGUAUUCGGCAAGCUUUUCAGCUAAUCCUUGCAGAAGCAGACAACAGGUCGUUCCUUGCUGAAAGUGGAAGGAAAAUUUUGUCUGCUUUAAUUGUGAAAGCCCGGAAGAAUCCAAAGAAAUUUCAAGAUGUUUUUGAUGAAAUGAUCUAUUUUUUAGAGCAGACUGAUCACUGGGAUAGCACCGAGAUGGAACUUGCUGCCAGAGGGGUGAAAAACCUAAAUUUCUAUGACGUGGUUCUGGAUUUUAUAUUGAUGGACUCCUUUGAGGAUUUAGAAAACCCGCCAACAUCCAUACAGAGUGUAGUGAGCAACCACUGGCUCAGCACCUCCUUCAAAGAAACCGCUGUGGCUUCAAGUUGUUGGUCAGUGCUGAAACAGAAAAGGCAACAGAUGAAGCAGAUCUCAGAUGGAUUCUUCGCCCAUUUUUACGCCAUUUGUGAGCAUAUAAGCCCUGUCUUAGCCUGGGGCUUCUUGGGUCCUAGAAAUUCUCUCUAUGACUUAUGUUGCUUCUUUAAGAAUCAAGUUCUUUUCUUUCUCAAAGACAUCUUUGACUUUGAGAAGGUGCGCUAUUCGAGCAUAGACACGCUGGCGGAGGACCUCACACACUUACUCAUCCGCCGCACGGAACUGCUGGUCACCUGUCUUGGUGCAGAUGCCCUGAGGCAGGCCACUACUUGUACCAGUGGACACUCCCAUGCCGUGCCCACUGCGCUGUUAGAAGCCAGAGUACAGUGAGUACCGGGAGAGCUUUGAGAAUGCCGCCAGUGCUUCAGGGUAAUCACCGACUGCAGCGGUGCCUCGGAAUCUACAGGACCGAUGAUGUGGACUCAGGGAGGAAGAAAGUCUCCACGAACGGGCGACUGUCCUGCACUUAGCAGAAAGUUUGCAUUGAACCCGUGGGAAGUAUCCAGAGCGACUUUUUAAUAAUCUUUAGGUAAUUUAAGUUGUGAAGUGCUGCGUAAGUUGUGACUGUUGCUUGAGUUAAAGCCAAUGCUAUAGGAGUUCAUUGUCUUCACACAAUCUGGAAUGUCCAGUACCGUCCUCAAAACGUGUCUUGAUGCUUUGCUCCUUGAAAACACUGGCCCAAGGCGAUUGUGUUUGUGUAAUCUCUGACUUCUGGUGUCAACAUCCUUACCUUUGCCUGAAAUGUAUUCUUAACCUUAGUUACUUCUAUGUUUAAUAGAAUUUAGACAAUAGAGGUGUUUAACUGUGCUGUGUACCUAUAGCUUGUAUAUUUGCUAAUGUAUUUGACCCAAGAAGUUAUCACAAAGGAUUGGUGCACUGAGAGGAACAGAGUGUAAUGAGCACGCCUUGGGGAGGAAACUGGUGGUUUCCAGAGUGUUUACUGUUGCCCUGUAAGUCAUAACACACUGAGGUACUUUUAUCUCAUUUCCCCUCAAAUGAAUAUUAAAUUUGAAAAUAUAAUUUAUUUACCAAGAAAAAUAAUUAAAAAUGUAUCCUCUUUUAAAUGUAACUGUGAGGCUGGCUUAAAGUAUUAAACUUUAUAGAAUAAGAUAAUUUCCUCUUUCCUUUCACAAAACAAACUGUUAAUCCCUCACACAGUGAGUAUCACAUUGGAAGUUGGUCGUGUUAUGCAUAAAUUUUAAAAGUACUCAUACUUUGAGCUUAGGUUUUAAAGGGAUUUUUCUCUUAGAUGUUGAACAAAUAUUUUAAAUGCUAUGGGGGUGUACUUUAUGUCCUUAUGAUAAAUAUAUGAACAACAGGCUAUAAGUAACCUCCAAAGUAUAUUAUAUAUUUUCAAGGUCUCAUUACUUUGGCUUUAAGAUCAUGUACCAUGUUUUCAUCAGUGGAUUGGAUUCACUGACUUGUUAUCCUAAAGUGAGCUGCAUUGAUUUUAAGAGUGAAUUAUACAGAAGGAUGUGAAAUGAGUUUUUAAAUAAUUCAUUUUUAGAUUAAAGUGCCUAGAUUAAGGUUAAUGAUGAGAAAAUAAAAGGUAAAAGGUUUAAUUUUAUAAGAUUUUAGCUGUGUACGUACAUCACAGUUAUGUAAAUUAAUACUAGAGUCGGAUUGAGACCUGUGCCAUUAGUGUGUCAGGCUCUUAGGCCGUACGCUGUGCCCUCGGUGCACAGGGCCUUGCCUUCUCCCCUUCACCCUUCACUUCCCUCAGGCCCAGCUCUGCCUGAGGACAAAGUGCACUGUGCCCGACUUCUACUUUCACAUCAGCUAUUUUCACCUAUGAGAUGUCACCGAAUGUGACACACGUGUGCGUGCCUUCCUGUCACCACAUAAGCAAGACAGUUGUGGAUUAUAUUCAUUUACUCAUUGGAGAUCUAAGUGUGUGUCCUGUGGUUUUGUAAACAGAGAUGUAAGUGAACUGUCUUUGGGGGAUCCUCCCUGAGAUAGUGUGGAAGAAUUGCACUGAAACAGUGCUGCAGCGACAUGAGGUGACCUUGGGGUGACCUUCCAAAAGAUGUCCGAUCUCUGUCUUUAAUUUCAGUUAGUAAACAAGCUGUCCAUCUUCAAGAGAGGGUUGGUUUGUCGGGCUCAGUGCUAAGUAACUAGAAUAGUAACAAGAUAGUUUGUGGCCUUUGACGAGAGAGAUUAAGAAUGACCAAAUAAAAUUUGGGAGCAAUAAAUGUAGAAGGAAAAUCUUUGAUGGGGGGGGGGGGUCAGGAAAGCUUAACUUUUUAAAGGAAAAUGUCUUUUUAAAAAGAACAUCUCUGGCUCUGACUGUUGAAAAUACUUAGGAGAGACAAGUUAUUUGCCUUAAAAGUAGACACAAGCAAUGCUUUAACAGAUAAAAGUCAAUGAGGCUCGGCCCUGUUAGGGAGAAAGGAAGGACAGCCUAGUGGGCUCACGGUGUCCCUGAAGACAGGCGCAUGUGCAAGAUGUUCGAGGGCGUAGGGUUGACCCUGAGAGCGUAGCUGGCUCCUCUUUUCUGGAAGAGCGGAGACAAAUUCAGUUGAUUAUUUCCCUUUGUUUGUUUGUUUCUCUUAUGUUGUUGUUCAAUUAAAAAGGGAAUUGUUUCUUCCCAAAAGUCAACAAUAUGUUCAUGGAAUGGCAAAACAAAAUUGUCUUUUUUUCCAAUAUGCCAAAUUUUCUGUUCUGUGAAGGUCAGCUCCAAAGAGCUUUAUCUGUCUCCUGAAACAAUUGUCACCAUGAUUCUAUUGAUUUGAGAGUUAACUGACUAUUCAAAGUAUUUACAAAUGAUUCUCUGCUGUAAGAUGUAGCGUUUCCUACUCACUUCCCAGCAGCUAGCCUAGGAAUGAGGACGGCCAGAGGGAGGGCUAAAAACGGUGAACUACACACACAGCCUGCUGUGACCAGACUGGGGGCUAUGUUUAUAACGCUGGUUUUUAUUUUUAAUAUGAACAUUUAUUAAUAGUUAACAUAAUGAAUUGGGCUGUAAUUUUAAACUAUGAGAAUUAGGCUGGAUUAAGAUCUGUGAAUUUUAAGUUAAGAAACAUGUAUGUAAAAGAAGUGUUUAUAUGCCCUGUGAUAAUGGAACUGUGAACUAGUUUGUUCUUAAUGACUGUGUCGUGUCACGGUCUCCUUGACUGGCCUCAGGGUAUCUGUCACUUCACUGUAAGGAUGGAACUCAUUAAUGUGGGAAAGUAAAUCGCCAUAGCGGCAGACAACAGCACUGUCCCUCACGUGCACUGGAGUGAGUGUGUGUUCUGUUCCCGCCAAGUAAACCAGUGCUGGCGUCCUGGUGCUUGCUGGCUGCGUCAGUGACGCUUUCCAUAAUGUGCGACACAGGUGCCUCGGAAGGCCUGCUUCCCACGUGAGGCCACAGCAGACGGAGGCAGAGAGAAAGCAGAUACCCCUAGGAAGGCUGAAAUCAAGUGUAGAAUACUACCAAAUAUCUGUGCUACCGUGGAAUAAAGAUAGCCUUGUGAUGAAUAAA